GCCCGCGGGACGAACCGCCGUAGCCGCCGAGCCGAGCCUCGGCCGGUGCCCCCGCUGCGGGCCCGGGCGGGAGGAUGGGGCUGAAGAUGCAGAGCGGCAGCAGGCGGAGCCGAGCGGGUGAACACUCAGCUGUUAUUCCCAGAUGUGGUCCAGCAAGUCCACUUAGAGGACAAUUAAGUACUAAGAGUAAUGCUUUCUGCAUUGAGUCCACUCGAAGUCUAAUUAACCAAUACCUGAUCAGAGAUAACAUGGUGGUUCAUUACAACAGAAUCCUUUCAGCCAAAGCAGUUGUAGAUUGCUCARUGCCCAAAAGUAGGUUGAGCAGCAUCAAAUUUGCUGACCAGCAAAGAAGAGAGAAACUGAAAAAGAAGAUAGACAGGUAUGAAGAGAAAAUGUGUGAAGGUGCCUCCCGAGCCUGUUCAAGAGAUCGUGCAAUGAUGCUGCCACCCUGUUGUGCAAAGACUUGCUUGGAAGCAGAAGCCCGUCACUUCCCCUGUGCUGCGCAGGGACAGUACCUAGCAGGAGCACCAUCUCCUUAUGUCAAGCAUGGCUUGGUUCGCUCCAGUCCCGUGAAACACACCAGAAAGUGUGCUCGGAAUACAUGCAAGGCAUGCAGGGCGCACUCACACCCAUGUGUCUGCACAUCAAGGUCACCAAGCAAACGCUCUGGAGUUCCGUGCCGUCAUUCUGCUGAUAAUUUUGUGUGCAUUCGUUGUUCCCGGAGGUGUCCCAGAAUGGGUGGCGGGGAUCUUCUAGAGAAACAUGCUGAAUGCUUUACUAGGAACCGAAAACCUUUUAUUCCACGCACCUUAAUAUCGGAUGCUAAACCUUACCUGUCAGAGUACAGGUUUUACAGUCCUGCUCGAAGGAAGAAGAAAAUACGCCGCAAGCAGCGUGUGGAAGCUGAAACACAGACUGAUAUGAUCAGCUUUCCGUCUUCAGACCAAGUUUACACGAGCAAAGCUACGGCUGAACCGCAGAAGAUCCCACCAAAGACCACACCAAAGACCACACCAAAGACCACACCAAAGAUCACACCAAAGGCUGAAGAUAGAAGACAUAUUCUGGAUGAACGUGAGAGAGCAAUAGAUAAAUCUGAACCCUCCAUUCUAAGAGACACAUCACGUCCCCAGAAGAGUUCACCAAGGAGGAGUCCUGAGGAUGAAGAAGAGGAACUUCUAUAUUUAACUUUCAUUGAAGAUGUAACAAAUGAAAUUCUUAGCCUUGGGUUAUUUUCUAACAGGAUUCUGGAUCAAGUGUUUGAAUGGCAUAUAGAAGAAAAUAAGGACCGCUUGGAUGAGGCAAAAAUGCGCCAGAUGUUGGAUGCGCUGAAAGCAGACCUCGGCUGUGGCCCGGACAGCGAGAUAGAGUUCAUCGGGGCUGGYGACGGAGGCCUGGACUCACUGGAUUUGCCGGAGCUCGAGAUGAAAGAUCUCGAGUUUAGCAGUAAAGGUCACAGGCUGAAGAAGGCUACAAAAAGUAAAGAAGGCUUUGAUGCUAUGGAUUUGCCAUUAAAGAAACCAAGCAAAUGUGUAUCACUGUCAGGCAGCGAAAGGUCAGGGGAUUCACGUAGCAGGGAGCGCUUUCCACAGUACACCACAGAAGCAAUGGAUGCUGGGACAGAGUCUGAUUCCUGUGGUGUGGAAUUUGAAGAACGCCCAGACAUUUCACCCACAUGUGAGAUAGCUUCAGGCUUGGCUACUUGUGGCUAUAAGGUACUUGAACCUGAGGAAAGCUUUUCCAUACAAGAGGGAGCUUCAGACUUGGCUACUUGUGACAGUGAUUUGGAAGUCAGUAAGGAACUUGAACCUGAGGAAAGCUGUUCCACACAUGAGGAAGCUUCAGAWUUGGCUGCCUGUGACAGUGAUUUGGAAGUCAGUAAGGAGCUUGAUGAACCUGAGGAAAGCUGUUCCAUACAUGAGGAAGCUUCAGACUUGGCUGCCUGUGACAGUGAUUUGGAAGUCAGUAAGGAGCUUGAGGAAAGCUGUUCCACACGUGAGGCAGCUUCAGAUGUGGUUGCUUGUGACAGCGAUUUGGAAGUCAGUAAGGAACUUGAAGAAAGUUGUUCCACACGUGAGGCAGCUUCAGACUUGGCUGCUUGUGACAGCGAUUUGGAAGUCAAUAAGGAUCUUGAGGAUCUUGAGGAAAGCUUUGCAGAGGACCUUCACAUUUCACAUAGCUAUUGAUAAUAGUAACCAAAACUUAGCUGUUAAACAAGGAUAGAGCUCCUUCUGUGGUGAACUGCCAUUUAUCAGCUAGUAGUAAAUUGUAGGUUUGUUUUCAGUUAUUUCUGUUUUAAAUACUGCUAAGAUCUCUCUAGCAGGAUAUGAUUAAUUGGGCAUAAUCCCUGUGUAAAUUAGACCUUAAAGGAUAACAGGUCAGUUAUCAGAAGAACUUUGUAUAUUUUACCUGUAAGUUUAUAACUCGAAACAAGCUUGAGAAUAUUAAAAUUAGAUUUAUAUUUUUAAAAGCUGUAGUAGUAAGUUAUGAAAUACUUGUUUUUUAAAAUAAAUUAAUUAAUAGUGCAGUUGUGGUCCUGCUAUAAAGAUCUGAGAUUUUGGAGUCUAUAAGAAUUCUACAAUUUAACACUGAUUUAGCAUCAAUGUCCUCUUCCAAAAUAGACAAACUCCAUGCAGUAUACUAUGUUGCCACUCACAGAAGCCCGCAAAUGAAAAAUCAAAUUAUUUCACAAGAAGAAAACCCAACUUUUAACAGAUCUAUGUAGAUUAAUGACUGUAGUUUUCUGUUUUCAGUUAACUGAAUGACACCGGUAAGUUUAAUUUCUGGCUCUGAUGACAACUCUGGCAUAGCAUUCUGCAUCAGGCUUUGGUUUUGGAAAAGGAUUGAGUUGUUUACUUUUGGAUGAGUAGAAUUGUCUAGUAGAAGGCACAUCAGGCACCUAGUACAGCAAAUAGAGUAGAGGUGGUAUAUUUUCUGGUUAAAGUUUAAAUUGAAGUUAGCACAUGCAUUGCAUAAAAUCAACCCAAAUUUCAUUGCUUUAGUAGAGUAAAACUAUUGCCUGACAUUGCCAUUACUGCAGAAUGAGCUCAACGGAUUCUGAGGAAAUGCUGGCAAGUUAUAUUGUCUUGCUGUAGCUCAGGAACUGGGAGAAGUCAGGAACUGGAUAAAGCUUGUCCCCUAAUAUCUCCUAGGGUCAGUUUUAACCUUCUUCCUCCAAGGUCAAGCCCAAGUUGUACCAAUUCAUACAUAACAACUGCCAGCAACUGCCUCCCCUGUACCUUGUGASCAUCGACCAAAGACUAAUUCCAUGGCCCAGAUUGCAGCUUCAGGUAGCUUCUAUAGACACAGACCACUGCUUCACUUGUGACACAUAAACUUUCAGACAAAAAAAAAGAAAUGUCAUAAAACAACUAGAGGAAGCCAGUCAAGCGAAAUUUAUCUGGUCUGGCACAAUCACAGCACUGAGUACAGAAUAUUAUUCACAAAGAAAGCAACAGGCACUUUCCUGGGUGCCUUGUCCACAAUAAUAAAUUGCACUUGUUGCAAUGACARCAGAGUUUCUUCUAGCCAUGUACAUGUGGCUGGGCAGAUGAGAAUCAGCCUUUCAUCUGCCACACUCAGCUGGCUGCCUUGUAAAUCUGGCCUGCAGCGUGAGUGCUCUGGCUCACUGAAAAGCAGGUGAGAUAAUCAGAGGACUUUUCCAUCCCCCCCAUUAGAGCCUGUCUUGUUGGAAAGAUGUGGCCACACAGCUGAGUCAUUACAGUGCAGGGAGGGUUUGUCCUCAAUCACAAGUGAUCACAGCCCUUCUCCAUCCACAAGGAAACUCCCUCUCUCUUGGUUACCCCAGAGAGCUGAAGGGAAGGGGAUGCCGUAGGAAACGUGUUGUUCUGUUACGAACAAUUCUGAUACAGAGGGAAUAGUUAGAUGUAUCCAAGUAUAAAGUCUCUUUGCUCCUCAGACAGAACUUCACCCACUCUUGUGGCCCUCCAUUCYGAGUUCUCCAUUCUUGGUCAACAAUGGGAAUUUAACAGGGGGUUUUCCUACCUAUCUGUAUUUGUGACUUGUGCAUCAUUAAAAAAGGUCACUCAGCAAACUUCGGCUUCUUGUCAACAUGAGUCUGAUUAAAGAUUAAUAAGAAAAUCACAUUCAAAUUCUGUAAAUGAAAAAAAUACUGCAAGAAGACAUCACAGCAGUGAACUUCACAGAAAGGCACAAGUAAUGACAUACUCAUUUCCUGUGAUAUGAAUAACACAAAAUAAAUAAAAACAGUUCCUUGACCAUAUUUCCUGUUCAUGAGCUGUCACAACUUCAAUGACUUUGUUUUCUGUGUAGAUGCAACUUAAAAGAGGAAAUAAAUUGAUUAAAACAGACCUUUCUCAAACAAAGUACCUGUCUGCCU